AUGGUGAAAACCAGACGCAGGAAGGGAAUGAGUGAGGAUGUGAGCAUCAACAAAUUUUUCGAAGGAGGCCAUGAUGGUGGAACUGGCUCAGCAAGCUAUAACUUCUCUCAGCAUCUCAACAGCGAUGGUGAAGACGAGAAAAUGAAAGAGCUUAUCAGAGCUCUGGUGGAAGACUUAGAUAUUGGAUCACACGAAGCCAAUACUGUAGCUUCGUCGUCACCUUCUUCCCCUCUGCUUACGACCCUCCGCCUCAAUCAGAGAUUGAUAGGAAAAGAUCAGACAAUGCAAUCCAAAACCUCAAGCCUAGCUCCAGCUCUCAACUAUUUCCCAACCCUCAAACCCCCACACAAAACUCUAGCUUUCCACCGAUUUUCAGUCCUCAUCAUCACCUUCCUUGCCUAUGCGUCGUUUCAUGCCUCUAGAAAGCCCCCAAGCAUUGUCAAGAGCGUGCUUGGACCCACAAUUCAGUCCAAUUCCAGCUCAGCUGAUACAGGGUGGGAUCCCUUUAAUGGUCCCCAUGGUGCGCACAGGCUAGGAGAGCUUGAUCUUGCAUUUCUUUCUGCGUAUUCGAUUGGAAUGUACUUUGCAGGGCAUGUCGGGGAUCGGAUUGAUUUGAGGUUGUUUCUCGUGUUUGGGAUGAUGUGUAGUGGCAUUUUAACAAUAUUCUUUGGGUUAGGAUAUUGGUUUGGUGUUCAUUUGUUGGGGUACUUUAUGGCUGUUCAAGUACUUUGUGGGUUAGUUCAGUCAAUUGGGUGGCCUUGUGUGGUAGCAGUAGUGGGAAACUGGUUUGAGAAAGAAAAGAGGGGGUUGAUCAUGGGGGUCUGGAGUUCACAUACCUCAGUUGGAAACAUUAUUGGUUCAGUUGUGGCGUCUGGGGUUUUGGAAUUUGGAUGGGGUUGGUCCUUUGUGGUGCCUGGGGUUUUGGUCAUUUUGGUCGGCAUUUUAGUGUUUUUGUUUCUUCCCGUGAGUCCAGAACACUUGGGAUUUGAGUCUUUGGUAAAGGAGAUUCAGAUGAAUGUGGAAGUUAAUGGCAUAGAGAAUUUGGAGGGAAAAGUGGAAUCAGAGGAAGCAGGUCUUCUUGGAACAGAAAGUGCAGAUGUCGAUACAGGUGCAGAUUCUUUGGCUGCAAUUGGCUUUUUAGAGGCAUGGAGGUUACCAGGCGUGGCACCAUUUGCUUUCUGCCUAUUCUUUUCAAAGCUGGUGUCUUACACUUUCUUGUACUGGUUGCCCUUUUACAUAAGGCACACAGCUGUUGCUGGUGUGCAUUUGUCACACAAAACUGCUGGGAAUCUUUCAGCCAUAUUUGAUAUUGGAGGAGUCUUCGGUGGAAUUUUAGCUGGAUUGAUAUCUGAUAUGAUUGAAGCUCGAGCUGUAACAUCAAUUGCAUUUUUGUUGCUUUCGGUUCCAGCCCUUGUUUUCUACCGGGUUUAUGGAAGCCUAUCUAUGGUUGCCAACAUUCUUUUGAUGUUUCUUUCUGGAUUGCUGGUAAAUGGCCCAUAUUCACUAAUUACCACAGCCGUUGCUGCUGAUCUUGGUACCCAGACAGUGAUCAGAGGAAAUUCCCGUGCAUUAGCUACUGUAACUGCAAUUAUAGAUGGUACAGGUUCUGUUGGGGCGGCUCUUGGCCCACUUUUAGCUGGGUAUAUUUCCACCACAGGGUGGAACAAUGUAUUUCUCAUGCUAAUUUUUGCUAUUUUCUGUGCAACUUUGUUUUUGAUUCGCAUUGCGAGAACGGAGAUCAAAGGAAAUUUGAAUGAGGGGAAAUGGUCUUUGUAUAGCAUAGGCACACAAUGA